CAAAAUGGCCGACCUUCUGCACAUGCGCGUUCAGAUCGCGCGUGGGUCACGGAUCGUGUCUUCAAAGACCUGAUAAAGGACUCGUUUCUGCCAUUAAUGUGAGGUGAUUCCCUGUAACAUCGCGCAGGUCUAUCUGUUAUUUACCAAUGGACGUCGCAGGAGAGGAACAACUGGAACUGAUAAGACUCAAAUCGAUGAAGAAAAAAGUUUUCAUCGUGCCCAAAAUUGAUAGAUUUGGAAAGUGCAGAAGUGUCCGGGGCUUUGAAAAGCUCAACCGAAUAGGGGAAGGAACCUAUGGCAUCGUUUACCGUGCUCGUGACACCAAAUCUGAUGAAAUUGUCGCACUGAAGAAAGUUCGAAUGGAUAAAGAAAAAGAUGGGAUUCCAAUCAGCAGCCUCAGAGAGAUUACCCUAUUGCUGCGGCUCCGACAUCCCAACAUAGUGGAGCUGAAGGAGGUUGUUGUUGGCGGCCACCUUGAAAGUCUGUUUCUGGUGAUGAGCUACUGUGAGCAAGACUUGGCCAGUCUGCUGGAGAACAUUCAGACUCCGUUCUCUGAAGCCCAGGUGAAAUGUAUCAUACUGCAAUUGUUGAGAGGGUUGUGCUAUCUCCAUCACAAUUUCAUCAUUCACAGGGACCUAAAAGUGUCUAAUCUGCUGAUGACAGACAAAGGCUGUGUUAAAAUAGCUGAUUUCGGGUUAGCUCGCAGGUAUGGUGUCCCCCAGCAACCCAUGACGCCCAGGGUGGUUACACUGUGGUAUAGAGCUCCAGAACUCCUCCUCGGAAGCAAAACCCAGACUACAGCUCUUGAUAUGUGGGCUGUAGGUUGUAUCCUGGCUGAGCUGCUGGCACACAAACCUCUUCUGCCUGGAACAUCAGAAAUCCAGCAGCUCGAUCUCAUAGUUCAGUUAUUGGGGACGCCAAACGAAAACAUCUGGCCGGGAUUUUCUAAUCUGCCUCUUAUUGGGCAGUACAGUCUGAGGAAGCAGCCCUAUAAUAAUCUAAAGAAUAAAUUCACUUGGUUGUCUGAAGCUGGACACAGGCUGCUCAAUCUGCUCUUCAUGUACAAUCCACAGCGCAGAGCUAUUGCCAAAGAUUGUUUGGAGAGUUCCUACUUUAAGGAGAAACCGCUACCUUGUGAGCCUGACCUGAUGCCGACCUUCCCUCACCAUCGAAACAGACGUGCUGCUUAUCAGCCAGAGAGCCACUCAAAACGCAGCAAAGUGUAACCAAGAUUAAGACCUGAAACAGACAGCAUGCAACUUUUAUUCAACACGCAAAUGGAGUGAUUUGCUUACAUUGCCUAGAAUAUUAAACUCACUGAAGAGUUUUGCAUUCAAUCAAUAAAAAUGCUUACUGCCAACUACGCACUGUACUGUACUGUACUGGACUGUACUGUAGUAUAUGCUACUCUGCUCUAUGCUGGUGGCUUGGAACAGUGAAAGAAAAUGAAUGGAGAUAAACAAUAAAAUAAACUAGAGCCGCGAGCAGCUAUAAAGGGCCCUUGCAGCUCUUUGGGGCUUGUUGGCAUACCAGUAAUUGAAAAAAAAAAAAGUAAAA